AUGAGUUUCCGAGAUGCGCUCAAAGGUUACCUUAUAAAUCCUGAAAAAUACUCGGAGGAUAUCAUAUUUCAUGAUAAGGACGUUGUGAUUGUCAAAGACCGGUUCCCAAAAAGCCUAUGUCACCUUCUGGUUCUGCCAAGAGACCUUCAACUUUCGAAAUCAAAACCUUGGGCGCUGAACGCUGAGGUCAAGGCAAAACUUGAACCCUACAUCGAGAUGGCAUUGAAUUAUGUCUUUAAGACGUUUACAAAAGAAUAUGAAUUGAAAGAGGAGGUAAAAGUGAUGCCCUUUUACACUAAGGCUCAAUUUCACAACAGGGACUAUUUUAUCGAAAACUUCACACAAGUCGGCAUUCACAUUGUGCCAUCUAUGAACAACCUACACGUACAUGUUAUGACAAAAGACUUUCAUUCCGAAAGGCUCAAGAACAAGAAACAUUAUAAUUCCUUCACUACAGAAUUCUUUGUCUUAUGGGAUCGGUUACCGCUACAAAAUGUGGAUUCCAAGCACAUGGAAGACACGGUGAUAAAGAAAAGCGACUUGAAGUGUUGCUUCUGCAAAGCAAACUUCAAAAAUCGCUUCUCAGAGUUGAAGUUGCAUCUUGAUCAUGAAUUUGGAAAAAGGUUCGUUGAAUGCUCUAUUUAA